AUGUCUAGCACACCUUUGGAGGCAGCAAGCAAUCAGUGGCCAUUCACCUUCUGGGAACACAGCAUCCAAGAAAAGAUGAACUUUGAAAUCCGCAUACGGGAAGGCAUCCGUAAACUGCUUUCAGUGAGCACGCAGAAAGACCAGCUUUUGCAAGCAGUUAAAAACCUGAUGGUCUGCAAUGCACGGAUACAUGCAUACAGGACAGAGCUGCAGAACCAAAUGGAAGAGCCUGUCUCAUGCAGAACUGGAAGGUGGUUGUCAGACGCUGGGACAAAGGACCGGAUGGCAUGUAGAGCAAAAGUUGCUCUUUCAGAUAUUCGAAUACCAUUAAUGUGGAAAGGCUCUGAUCACUUCAACAAUAAAGAAAAAUCACAGCGCUAUGCAGUGUUUUGUUUGUUCAGAAUGGGAGCUGAGGUUUUUGAUACAGAGGUGGCAAUUGUGGAUAAAGCAAUAACAGAUAUCUGUUUUGAAAACGUAACCAUAUUUGAUGAAGCAGGACCAGAUUUCCAGGUGAAGGUUGAAGUGUAUAGUUGCUGCACAGAGGAGUCUUUAUAUGUUGCAAACACCCCUAAGAAGCUAGUAAAGAAGCUUAAAACAUCCUUCAGCAAAGCUACAGGGAAGAAACUCAAAGCUACGCUGGAAGAAGACGGCACUGACUCCAUUUUGCUCCCUGACCCUGUCAUCCAUGGAGCAAAGUACGGUUUGCUAGCAUAUACCAUUUUGGGGCUGGAGAGUGCCAAGGACAGUUUCAGGACCCACAACCUUACCAUUACAGGAAAUGGUAAGAAUCUUCUUUUGGCUCCCCUGUAUGGAAACAUGUGCUGCCGUUUAGUUGCUCAGCCUUCCUGCAUGGCUAGGGAUAUGAUGACGGGAUUUCUGAAUCAACAGCAAAUGAUAGGAAAUCUGACAAGCUGGAGGAGGCUGUAUUGCAUACUGAGAGGUGGAAAGCUCUCUUGUUAUUACUCACCAGAAGAAAUUGAGGCUAAAGUGGAGCCAGCAUUGACAGUUUCCAUCAAUAAGGAAACCAGAAUUCGACCUGUGGAUAAAGACUCCAAAAGAAGAACCAAUGGCUUUUCUGUUAUCAACCCCCUGCCUGGAGAGGCUGCAACUCAACUUUUUGCUACUGACAGUAGGGAAGAGCUUCAGAAGUGGAUGGAGGCUUUCUGGCAGCACUUCUAUGAUCUAAGCCAGUGGAAACACUGUUGUGAAGAACUUAUGAAAAUUGAGAUUAUGUCACCACGGAAACCACCUUUGUUCUUGACUAAAGAAGCGACCUCUGUCUACCAUGAUAUGAGCAUUGAUUCUCCAGUGAAACAUGAGGGCUUAGCUGAUAUCAUACAAAGAAAAAUUGAAGAGAGUGAUGGUGAGUUCCUGCUUUGCCAGCAAAAAGAGCCUGCAUCUUCCUUAUGGGCUUCACUCUUUGAUGGAUCUCAUGAGAUGGUUGUUCAGAAAAAUAUGCAUAUUGCAAGUCCUAAUGAUGGCAGAGGGAAGAAAAGAAGAGCUCCGCCUCCACCCUCUGAUAAACCAGCGUACAAUGCAAAAGCACGUGGGAACACAGAGGAACAGGACAAGGAGAACUGGGAGAGGCCUGAUGGUACAUCUUGUAAUUCUUUAGAUUCAGCGUUAUCUAUGGAAACACAACAAUUGCAGACUCCCGCUGCUGCUCCUCGCAGAAUCUGUCCUUGUAGGAAAAACAGUUUGGCUGACCAUAGGAAUCCCAUUUCUUUGGUUACUAAGACAGAGUCUGAAAGCAAACCAGUACCAUCCCCUAGACGGAAACACAUCACAGAAGUGCUAGACCCUAGAUCACGGUUACAGCCACAGACUUAAUUACUGGCUUAGAAAAUUCCCUGGAAUUUUAAGUAAGUUCUUCAGCCUUAUACGUAACUUUUGAGUGAAAAUUGGUAUUGCCAUGUAGUUUCUAAGUAUUGAGGCUAAAGUCUUGUUGGUUGGUUGGUUUGUUUCUCUGUUUUUGGUCUUUUAUCUAGAACACUACUACUAGCUGCAUUAUUAAUUUACUUGUUAUUGCUAACAUCUGAAUAAUUACACAAAUAAUGAGGAAGGGUUUAUCUCUAUCUCAAAUAAUGAUGCUAUUUUUGAAACAAUGUUUCAGUACUUUUCCCUUGAAAAACUGUCAGCAUUUAGGGUAUCUCAGAGUCUGUGCUGCAGGGAUUUUACUGUGGGCUUCUCCCAGUCCCUCUGCUGAUCCCAUCUGCAGAUCCUUAAACUAAUUCAAUGGGGAAUUUCACAUAUUCAACACCAGUCUCCCAGAACUGAUUUUUUUGGGCUUUGUGCUUGGGUUCACCUGAAAUAUUCUCAUAUCUCCCUCAAUGUUUAAGAACCGCUGCUUAUAAGAUAAUGUGCUGUGAACAGUUACUGCACACUUCUGAAUGGCUCUGGAUGAGUUUCUGAAGCAGUUCCACCAAUUUAACAGGAUCUCUGUGGUCCUCUGUGGUGCAUGCACGUCUCAAUGGACUGUGUCUGUCUGCAUACGAACAGGAAUGGAAUCCAUCAGUAUGGUUUACUUUUGGACUAAUACAAACAUGUCAAAGCAGUUCUGCCAAUGAAUACCUAUUAGGGAUUUUUUUUUUUAAAUCUUUUUUUUUUUUUUUGAUGAAUGAAGCUCUGUCGCAUCACUCCUCCUUCAUGGUACUUCUCAGCUGUUCCUUGUAGACAGCUUUUUGUAAAGGUGAUGGCAUUAUUGGUAAACAAAUAGGUUUUUUAUUUCCCCACUCAUUUUUGAAAUAAGAGAACAAAUUCUUCACUUGAAAAUAUUGAACUCUGAUGUUCUUAUAUCACUGUUCACUAAUUUUUUAUAAGAAGCGUGGGUUAUUAUGGUUCCUGUGGCACCUGCAAAAAAUCUAUUUCAUGCAGAAAAGAUUCCUUUUUCCUGGAUCCACAGCUUAAAUAUCCAGCCCUUUCCUUGCUUGAUGCAUUUCUCUCAGAAGCUGGAAUUUAGCCAGGAGCAAAGGUCUGCUUGCAGAUUUUCCUCUAGAGCCUUAGUAUUCAGACUUGUGUUGAGUCUUUAUCAGCAACUGUAUACAUACACGUCAUUAAUUUUUUU